CGAAGAGUCAAACUAAACGUAAACAGAAACCAACAAUACGCCUCUUUGAAGACAAAAAAAACCUCACUGAAGAGGCCAAGGUACUAACAGGUUGGCGGGGCUGGAGGGCUGGAUGCCGUGAUCAAGGAUGAGGUGAAGGAUGUUCCGCAAAGUCAAAAAGCGCCACAGCAGCAGCAGCUCCCAGAGCAGUGAGAUCAGCACCAAAAGUAAGUCUGUGGACUCCAGUUUGGGAGGGCUGUCCAGAUCAAGCACCGUCGCCAGCCUCGACACUGACUCCACCAAGAGCUCAGGUAACAGCACAUCUGAGACCUGCGCUGAGUUCAGGGUAAAGUAUGUGGGAGCCAUCGAGAAGUUACAGUUUGAUAUGAGCAAGACGCUCCAGGAACCUCUGGACCUCAUCAACUAUAUUGAUGCUGCUCAGCAAGAUGGAAAGCUGCCCUUUGUGCCUGGAGAUGAGGAGAUGAUUCUGGGAGUGUCAAAAUAUGGAGUCAAAGUGGCCUCACUGGACCAGUGUGAUGUGCUCCAUCGCCACCCUCUCUACCUGAUAGUGCGUAUGCUGUGUUAUGAUGACGGCCUGGGUGCAGGGAAGAACCUACUGGCUCUCAAAACUACAGACGCAAAACAACAAGACUGCAGCAUCUGGGUGUACCAGUGCAGUAGCUCAGAGCAGGCUCAGUCCAUCUGUAAGGUGCUGUCAGCUUCUUUUGACUGCGCUCUGACAUCAGACAAGUCCUGAGGCCAGAGAGACGGACAGGAGGACAGGAGGACAGGAGAGAAGAGAAACAACUGCAAAACAAACAAUCAGGACAUCACCACAGCUGCAUUGUGAUUGUCUAAAAGAAAAUCACAAC